AUGUGCUCCAUCGUGUCGCCGAUGUCAGGGGAGGUACUCUUCGUGCUGGAGGAUUUCCGAGGCAAAAAUGCCAAAGACGUCAAAAACGCAGCAGCUGCUGAGCUGGGCAUCUCCGCACUUCGACAGAGGUUCUUGUCACAGGAUGGGGCCAGGGUGAUUGAAGAUGAUGAAGUUUUGUCGGGGGAAAUGGUGACGCUCCAGCUGGUGAAGUUGGAGUAUUUGCCACCCAACGCAGAGGAGGAUGGAAAGAUGGCCUCUGCAGCCAGGGACAACGACUUAGUGGCAUUAAACGAAUUGCUUCGGUGCCCGCGAGAUCCGAACGUGACAGACGACACUGGCAGAACAGCCUCGCACCAUGCCGCUGAACAUGGGCAUGUUGAAGCCAUGCAACUCUUGCUAUCAGCAGGCGCACGCAUGGAUGCCCGAGACAUGAGCAUGGGAUGUUGGGCACCGCUACAUGUGGCUUGUCAUCAUGGUCAGCUUGCAAUCCUUCGUCUGUUGAUUGAAGCUGGGGUUGACAUCAACAUGGCCACGUCUGAUGGUGAAACACCGGUAGACAUUGCAGCUAGAGAUGGCCAAGAGAAGAUUCUUCGCAUCCUGAUUGAAGCAGAUGUCGACCCUCAACGAGCUAGUCCCAGAGACGGGUUUCUGCCUCUUCAUGUGGCAGCGGUCCAUAACCACCCUGAGGUGGUUUGUCUUUUGCUUUGGGAACGAGUUGAUGCUGACACGCCCACAAGGGACGGAUGGACAGCUCUGCAGCUGGCAGCGAGGAAUGGUAAUAUGGCAGUUGUGCGUAAACUGGUAGGCUUUCGACUCUACUGGUGGUUUCAGCAGCACGUUUUCUCAAUUUUCUUUCCAAUGCUGGGAUGCUUUUUUUCCAGGAUAGCCGGCUUCUUUUUCCGCUCGACGAACCACCCAGGACUUGAUAUCGAUAAAGCCACACAGCACGGCACUGCGCUGUUUUUGGCAGCUGCUGAAGGCCAUGCCAAGGUGGUGCGGCUGUUGAUCCACUGCAAGGCCGACGUGGAGAAAGGUGGCCCGCUGCGCGUGGCCAUGCUGAACCGCGACGACGAAGUGGCGGCCUUGCUGCGUGAGGCAGGAGCCGACGUGGCGGCAGCGGAAGGGUAG